AUGAAUUUAUCGUUCCAUAAACCAAAAAAAGACCAAUGCAGUUUAUGCAUGACAUACAGAGAAGGUACAAGCGAGGUGAAAGAGAAGCUGCAGAAUAAAUAUGAUGCACAUAUUAUAGAAAAAGAAGAAGUACGACGAAUUAAAAACGAAUGCAAGAAUCGAGCAAUACAAAAUAUAACCACUUGUUGUGCUUCGUUCGAUUUACAGCAAGUCAUCUAUUUGCCACAAUCCAAUGAAAGUGCUCUUUUUUAUAAAAGACGUUUGGCUAAUUAUAAUUUCACAAUUUAUGAUUUAGCCUCCAAAGACUGUAUAUGCAACUUAUGGAAUGAGACAAUCAGUAGAAGAGGUGCCUCUGAAAUUUCUACUUGUGUUUAUUAUUUCUUAACAAAUUGUGAUAGAAAGAGUGUGAAAGAAGUAUUCUUAUUUUGCGAUGGCUGCUCAGGCCAGAAUAAAAAUUCCGUGAUGGCGGCUAUGCUCUUAUACUUAAUAAAUAAUUGUGAAUCUAUUGAAGAAAUUAGUUUACGAUACUUCUGUUCGUUCCAUGGGCAAAGCGAGGGCGAUUCUGUCCAUAGCGCGAUAGCAUUUGCAAUGGCAAAGGCUGGGAACGUCUUUGUUCCAUGCCAAUUGGAGCCGAUCAUACGAUUGGCACGCAAAAAUCCAUACGAAGUCAAGGUACUCAAUUACAAUGAUUUUAAGGAUUUUAAAAAUCUUGCCUUAAAGUUAAGGUUACUUAAAUUAAAAAACGAUAACCAGACAGCCGCCCUCUUUAAAUGGACAGAUGUUAUGGAGUUAAAAGUCUCACGAAAGUCUCAAAGUAGUCUAUUUUUUAAAACGAGUCACAAGGAUAAAGAAUACAGAUCGAUAUCAAUAAAAAGACAAGAUGUUAAAUGGCUGAAGGAAGAGGUGGGACAUUUAAAUAAAUCUCAUUAUGAGAUAUCUAAAGAAAAAUAUAACGAUUUAAUUUCUAUGUGCAGGGGAGAGACCCCUUUGAUAAGAUGCCGGGAAUAUCAAACUUAUUAUGAAAUCCUACCACAUCAAUAA